AUGGCACGUUUGUUCGAUUGGGGUGCGAAAGAGAGUCAUAGAGGAACACCAGUGGUUGUGAAAAUGGAGAAUCCGAAUUGGUCCAUGGUUGAACUCGAGGGUCCUUCAGAAGAAGAUAUUCUCAUGACAAACCCUUCUUCAAGAGACAAAGGAAGAGGGAAAAACGCGAAACAGCUCACUUGGGUUCUUCUUUUGAAAGCCCAUAGAGCUGCGGGUUGUUUAACUUCAAUAGCCCCUGCAUUGUAUGCUCUUGUCUCCGCCGUGAAACGCCGCGUGGCUUCCGGGAGGACAGACGCGGAAACCGACACAGAGGGUGGUGGUGGUGAUGGGGGUUGGGAAAAGGAAAACCCUACCGUGAAAAGUUGGCAUUUUAGUGCUCCGCAUCUUGAAUUAUGGGCACCGGCAUUUGGGGUUAAGGAUGUCUUUGAUUGGUUUUAUGCUAGAUGGGUUUUGGUUCGUGUUGAUUAUCUUGCUCCACCUUUGCAGUUUCUCACAAAUGCUUGUAUUGUGCUUUUCCUUAUUCAGAGUAUAGAUAGGUUGGUUCUUUGUUUAGGUUGUUUUUGGAUCCGGUUUAAGAAAAUCAAACCUGUUCCAAAAGGUGGUGGUGGUGGUGAUUUAGAUCUUGAAUCUGGAGAAAAGGGUUUCUUCCCUAUGGUUCUUAUUCAGAUCCCCAUGUGCAAUGAGAAAGAGGUUUAUCAACAAUCUAUUGCUGCAGUGUGUAAUUUGGAUUGGCCAAAAUCAAAUUUUCUUAUUCAAGUUCUUGAUGAUUCGGAUGACCCGAUAACGCAAUCGUUGAUUAAGGAAGAGGUUCAAAAAUGGCAACUAGAAGGUGCCAACAUUUUGUAUCGACACCGUGUGAUUCGAGAUGGGUACAAGGCUGGUAAUCUGAAAUCUGCAAUGAAUUGUAGCUAUGUGAAGGAUUAUGAAUUUGUUACAAUUUUUGAUGCCGACUUUCAACCUACCCCAGAUUUCCUUAAAAAAACUGUUCCUCAUUUUAAGGAUAAUGACGAAUUAGGACUUGUUCAAGCUAGAUGGUCUUUUGUGAACAAGGAUGAGAAUCUUUUAACAAGGUUGCAGAAUAUUAAUUUGUCUUUCCAUUUUGAAGUGGAACAACAAGUGAAUGGUGUUUUUCUUAAUUUCUUUGGCUUCAAUGGAACUGCUGGAGUUUGGAGAAUAAAAGCUUUGGAAGAAGCUGGUGGUUGGUUAGAGAGAACUACUGUGGAGGAUAUGGACAUUGCUGUUCGAGCUCAUCUCCAUGGAUGGAAAUUCAUUUUCCUCAAUGAUGUCGAGUGCCAAUGUGAGUUACCUGAAUCUUAUGAAGCUUACAGAAAACAGCAGCAUAGAUGGCAUUCUGGGCCAAUGCAGUUGUUUCGCCUUUGUUUGCCUGACGUCAUACGAGCCAAGAUAAGCAUAUGGAAGAAAUUCAACAUGAUAUUUCUCUUUUUCCUUCUAAGAAAACUGGUGUUACCAUUCUAUUCAUUCACCCUGUUCUGCAUAAUUCUUCCCAUGACAAUGUUCGUACCGGAGGCCGAAAUUCCUGCAUGGGUUGUUUGUUACAUCCCAGCAAUCAUGUCAUUUCUCAACAUUCUUCCAGCACCAAAAGCUUUUCCCUUCAUUGUACCGUAUCUCCUAUUCGAGAACACCAUGUCAGUUACAAAAUUCAAUGCCAUGAUCUCAGGUCUAUUCCAGCUUGGAAGCGCAUACGAAUGGGUCGUCACUAAGAAAUCUGGCCGUUCAUCAGAGGGUGAUCUAGCUUCUUUGAUCGAGAAACCAAAGCAUCAAAGGGGGUCAUCCGCCCCUGAUCUCGAGGAAAUGAAAGAAGAAAUUAGGAAACAAGAAGAAAACGUGACGAAGAAAAAGAAGAAAAAAUAUAAUAAAAUGUAUAUGAAGGAACUUGCUUUGGCUUGUUUACUCUUAACAGCUUCAGCAAGAAGUCUUCUUUCAGCUCAAGGAAUUCACUUCUACUUCUUGUUAUUCCAAGGAGUAUCAUUCCUUUUGGUGGGUCUAGAUUUGAUUGGUGAACAAGUAGAUUGA